AUGUGGUAUAGGGCCACCGGCUCCUCCUCCACCCCGCAGCAGCCGCUGGCGCACGUGCGGGAGGAGGAGCGCCGCGGCGCGCGGCGCGCGCAGGCGGAGGAGGAGGAGGAGGAGCAGCAGCAGCAGCAGCAGCAGCAGCAGCAGGAGCAGGCCGAGCUCGAGAUUGCGAUCUCGGAGAUUGCCCGUCGAGGCGCGGGUGCGGGCGCCGCCUCCGAGCUGGCGUGGCUGCAGGAGCAGGGGUACACGGCGCAGCAGAUCGCGGCCUUGAUCUCGCACUUUGAGGCGCUGCCGGCGGGCGGCAGCAAGGAGCCCGGCGGUCCCUUGCUUGGCCUCGGCAGCGAGCAGGUAAGCCACAUCGUCGCCGCCCUGAGGGUCGCAGAGCUUGUGGCUCUCUAUGAGUCCGCCGCCAGAGACGGCCGCGCGCCGCCCCCUCCGGCCCGCGCCAUCCUCCCUGCCGGCGGCCAGGGCGAGGCAAGCGAGCCGAUGCCACCGCCUGGCCUAGCGCCUGGCCUCCCACCGCUUGCCAAGCCCGCAGACACCCCCGUGGCAGAGUCCGACGGGGAGGUGGCGCCUGGCCCCUCCCGCGGCACCUCCCCGCUGCGCCGCAUCUGGGCGUGGGCAGCCGGGGCAGACGGC